AUGUUACUUCAUUUUUUUUAUCUAUAUACAACUACUAUGAAUAAAUUUAUAUUAUUAAAAAGAUUACCAUUAAUGGUAGAGAAUCAAAUCUUGAUGAUGUUGAUUGGUAGAGAAGAAACCAUUAUAGACAAGAAAUACAAGACAUUUAAUAUAGCAUUGUACAACCUAGCAAUGGUUUGUAAAGGUUGGUUUGAUUUGGUAUCAUCCAAUAUAACACAUGCAUCAUUCUAUAAAAACUAUAGUAACAGUCAUCAGGAGAGUUGUAUAGAGUCGGCAGUAGCAUUGAUAUUGGGUCAACAAUCGAGACAAUACUCUAUCAUUAAACAACUCUUGUCUGCAACAUUUCAAAGCAGAAUUCAUCCAGAUGAUGAAUUCUCUGAUAGAUUAUUACAAUCUCUUAUUGAUCGACAAGAGAUAAAUAUAGAUAAGCCAUCAUCAUCUACAUUGGAACAUAUACUCUAUAUUGAUAGUAGAACAGAUCACAAGUUUGCUUUAAAACUAAGAAAUGCAAUUGUUGCAAAUCCUCAAAUCACCUCGUUACACUCUGUUUCCAUUAGAUCAAAUUUUCAUACCAAACAGACAAGUCAGAGCGUACCAUAUAAUAUGACAGGAACAUUCAUUGGAUGGUUAAGAAAUUUUCCAAACAUUAAAACGAUAGCAUGUUAUUAUCGACCAAGUGAUCACCAAAGAAACGAAAUAUUACACAAUGCCUCAAUCAAUACAAAUGUUACCAAACUAUUAUUGGAUGUUGGAGCUUCCAUCACUACCCAAACACUCGAAAAUAUAUUUCGUCAAGAAUCCAACGUAGAGUAUUUUAAAGGAUCAACAACCAACACUGAAUCUGCCGGUAGAUUAGCAUCCGUGGUUGUGUCGUUGGCUAAGAAGGUCGUUGAUCUCUUUUUUAAUAAUAUAUGA